AUGGCCGGUGCGAGCUCUUCCAAAGGCCAAAAGUCAGGUAGCGGUCCCCCAAAGAAGAAAGCCAAAGUCUCAGAGCCAAUUGAUUUGACAGAGCCAUCUUCAGAGCCUGAAUCAAAGCCUCGACCAUCUCAACCACCUGUCAAAAAGUCUCAGCCGUCUCAGCUACCAGCCAAAGAGUCCCAGAUUCCCUCAAGCAUGACUCCUAAGGUGGUUAUCAGACACCUUAUGGUCACUCAGCCACCAAUUGAGGGUAAUUUAGAUUGCAGGGCAAGGCCAUUCCACUCCGAGAUCUGUUUUGACACAGCCACUUUUCAACUUCAGCCCGAGCUCAGGGAUUCCUUCCAUCUGCUACAGAGAUGGACAAGUAUGACAGCCUAUGGUGCAGACCAGGGAGCCCCAAUUGGACCAGAGCAUCCAGACCAGCCAGAGGAGCCAGUUGACAUACUAGCUGACACUCCGCCACCUGCCCCUGCAGUGGCCUCUACUGAGCAUAUACUAGAGGUUGCACCCUCUGCUCCUCAGGCCACACCACAGACUCCCCCUGUUAUUCCACCCAUAUCAGAGCCAUCUCCUUCAGCUGAGCUAAGGAUUGCUAUAUGUAUUAUCGAGUAUAGAGGCCUAUGCCACACUUUCCAGGCAUUGGCCACCUCUUAG